AUGGGUAGCGACCUCGACGCUCAAAUCGAGCAGCUCCAAAAAUGUCAGCCGCUCUCCGAGACGCAAGUCAAGGAGCUCUGUCUCAAAGCGCGCGAGAUUCUUAUCGAAGAGGGCAAUGUCCAACACGUCGAUGCGCCCGUCACCAUCUGUGGUGACAUCCACGGUCAAUUCUUCGACCUCAUGGAGCUGUUCAAACACGGUGGUCCCUGUCCCGAGACGAGCUACCUCUUCAUGGGUGAUUUUGUCGAUCGGGGCUUCUACUCGGUCGAAACGUUUCUUCUCCUUCUCGCGUUGAAAGUGCGCUAUCCGGAUCGGAUAACGUUGAUCCGCGGGAAUCACGAGUCGCGGCAGAUCACACAGGUGUACGGCUUCUACGACGAGUGCGUGCGCAAGUACGGCAGCGUCAACGUGUGGAGGUACUGCUGCGAGGUGUUUGACUAUCUGGCGUUGGGAGCUGUGGUGGAUGGUCGGGUGUUUUGCGUCCACGGCGGGUUGAGUCCGAGCAUCACGACGUUGGAUCAGAUCAGAAGCAUCGAUCGCAAGCAGGAGGUGCCGCACGAUGGUGCCAUGUGCGAUCUCCUCUGGUCCGAUCCGGACGAUAUUGCGGGGUGGGGAAUGAGUCCGAGGGGAGCAGGGUACCUGUUCGGUGGCGACAUCGUACAGCAAUUCGCACAUACGAACGACCUCGACCUCAUCGCAAGAGCACAUCAGCUGGUGCUCGAGGGAUACAAGUUGAUGUUCGACCAGACCAUUGUGACCGUUUGGUCGGCACCGAAUUACUGCUACAGGUGCGGAAACGUGGCGAGCAUCCUCAAGCUGGACGACGCGUUGAAUCAGAAGUACGAGACGUUCGAUGCGGCGGCGCAGGAGGCACAUGGCGUACCGGCAAAGCGGCCAGCGCCAGAGUACUUCUUGUAG